CCGGAUGCGCCACAGGAUGUCACUCAGUGACAUAAUGCAGGGAACGUGUAACAGGCUACAGGCAAAUGAACUCCUAAUGGCCUUCAGUGUGGUGAAUCGCAGCUAAUCGAAAAACGGUCUGGUCCGCACGGUUCCGUUUCCUCGUAAAGCGGUGGUUGAACUGGACUGGCCCCGGGGCCCGGCCUCCGCCGGCGGAGGAAGUGACCUGCCCCGGACGUCUCUCUCCUCUUUUUCCCCGGCGCUGGGCUAAGCUGGCUAAGCCCAUGAUGGCAUAGUCUCCAUGACAUUGGACGCACGCGCUCGCUCUUGUUCCCUCACAGCCGAAUAAGAAAGGCUUGAAAAGUAAAGUGUGUGGAAGCCAUGAGGAAGGACGUGAGGAUUCUGCUGGUGGGGGAACCUAAAGUUGGAAAGACAUCUUUAAUUAUGACUCUUGUCAGCGAGGAGUUCCCAGAUGAGGUGCCCCUUCGUGCUGAAGAGAUUACCAUUCCUGCAGACGUCACACCGGAAAGGGUCCCUACUCACAUAGUAGAUUAUUCAGAAGCAGAACAAUCGGAUGAACAGUUGUUUCAGGAAAUAUCGAAGGCCAAUGUAAUAUGCAUAGUGUAUUCUGUUAACAACAAGAAGUCCAUAGAUAAGGUGACAAGCCACUGGAUUCCACUCAUAAAUGACAGAACAGACAAGGACAGCAGGGUGCCCCUGAUCCUCGUAGGAAACAAAUCAGACCUGGUGGAGCACAGCAGCAUGGAAACCAUCCUGCCCAUCAUGAACCAGUACUCAGAGAUUGAGACCUGUGUAGAGUGUUCUGCUAAAAACCUGAAGAACAUCUCUGAGCUCUUCUACUAUGCCCAGAAAGCUGUUCUGCACCCCACAGGCCCCCUGUAUUGUCCAGAGGAGAAAGAGAUUAAACCUGCUUGUGCAAAGGCCCUAACACGCAUCUUUAAAGUAUCUGACCUGGAUAAUGACGGCAUUCUGAAUGACAAUGAGCUCAACUUCUUCCAGAGGACAUGUUUCAACACACCCCUUGCACCUCAGGCCCUGGAGGAUGUGAAGAAUGUAGUCAGGAAGAACAUGACAGAUGGAGUGCGUGACAAUGGCCUCACACUGAAAGGCUUCCUGUUCCUGCACACACUAUUCAUCCAGAGAGGCAGACAUGAGACCACUUGGACGGUGCUUCGGCGAUUCGGCUACGACGAUGACCUGGAGCUCACCCAGGAAUACCUGUUUCCCCCGUUAAAAAUACCUCCUGACUGUACCACUGAGCUCAACCACAAUGCUUACCUCUUCCUCCAGAGUGUCUUUGACAAACACGACAAGGACAGAGACUGUGCCCUGUCACCAGAUGAGCUGAAGGAUCUGUUUAGAGUCUUUCCCUACAUGCCCUGGGGCCCUGAUGUCAACAGCACUGUGUGCACCAGCGACCAGGGUUGGAUCACCUACCAGGGCUAUCUCUCUCAGUGGACGCUAACAACGUACCUGGAUGUGCAACGCUGCCUGGAGUACCUGGGGUACCUGGGCUACUCCAUCAUUUGUGAGCAGGAGUCCCAGGCUGCUGCCAUCACUGUGACACGUGACAAGAAGAUUGACUUGCAGAAGAAGCAGACACAGCGUAAUGUGUUUUGCUGCAAUGUGUUUGGUGCCAGUGGUAGUGGGAAGAGUGGCUUCCUCCAGGCUUUCCUGGGCAGGAAUCUUGUGCGUCAGAAGACUAUAAGAGAAGACCACAGAUCCUAUUAUGCCAUCAGCACCACCUAUGUUUAUGGACAAGAAAAAUAUUUGCUGCUUCAUGAAGUUUUCCCCGACUCCGAGUUCCUCUCGGAUGCUGAUCUCUGCUGCGAUGUUGUCUGCCUGGUCUAUGACAUUAGCAAUCCCAGCUCCUUUGAGUUCUGUGCAGACAUUUUUAAGAGGUACUUCAUGGACAGCAAGACGCCGUGCAUGGUCAUUGCUGCCAAGUCGGACCUGCACGAGGUCAAGCAGCACUACAGCCAAUCACCACUUGAGUUCUGCAAGAGGCACAAGAUACCACCUCCGCAGUCCUUUACGUGCAAUACGGCUGAUGCCCCCAACAAAGACAUCUACACCAAGCUCACCACCAUGGCUAUGUACCCCCACGCCCGGUUACGCUGCAUGUGUACCUGCAACAGGUGCACCUUUUGCAUCUGUCAGAACCUCCUCAACUCAGAGUUUCUGCAGUCUGUAAAGACCAAACUCUACACUGCCGUUCUCAACAGGCAUGUGACCCAGGCAGACCUGAAGAGCUCCAACUUCUGGCUGAGGGCGAGCGUGGGGGCCACUGUGUUUGCAGUGCUGGGGUUCGCCAUGUACAGAGCACUCCUCAAACAGCGGUGAUCUGCUGGAGGGAGCAUGAGACCCUCUCUGACCAGCCUGCAUCCCCACUCCAGAACCAAACCCCUCUUCCUGCCCUUAUCCUGAAAAAGAAAUGAGAUUUUAUAUUAAAACAGAAAAUCUGAGAUGAAUGCAGCAGCUCGGUCUGCAGCCAUGGGUGUUAUCUCAGCUCGUUUAAGUCCUUUAAUUUUACGGAACGGGACCUGCCUCUGAGUGCAGAUGAUUUUUGUCAUAAUGUUACGCUUUAAGUCUGACAUUUUACCUUAGCUUCUAAUGCAUGGUUUUACAGCAGAGUAGGAGCUUGAGAAAGUUAUGGAUGGAGAAAAUAGACUUGAGGUAAAACAAAAAGAAAAACUUUAAAACUGAGACUGUAUACCUUGUAAAUAGUGUAAAUACCUAGAGCAUACUUGCAAAGGUCCUUGCGUAAUUAACUUACAAACUUAAAACCAUAGCCAGAGUGUAGUGGCAAUUCAUAAGCUAUAAUGGGAGAAAAACUCAUCAAAAACAUAUUUUGUUGUUUGUGCACGUAAUGUUAAUUUAUUACCCUUUUCCCAUAAUUAUUCAGUGUUGCAUGAAAUGAAAACAGCUCAAGGGAUUUUUUUGUUUUUCCAUUAUUAUUAUUAUUAUUAUUAUUAUUCACCUACUACUUGCAGUAGUGAAGACAGUGUUUCAUAGUCUGCAGUCUGGCUGCAUAGGAUCUUUGUCUUCCACUAGACUGUGUUCCUGUUCGUUCACAAGGAACCCAUUUCCUUCAAGCAAGCUGUGGUUGUUCCCCCUAUACCACGGUGCGUUCCCACCUGUUCUCUAACUCUGGGUGCUGUCUGUCUUCUCUUUUGUCGAACUGUACUAAUGCACAGCUAUUACAUUUUAUCAGCAUGGAUACUUCACAAUUUUUAAUUGUUUUCUCCCAUUUAAUGGUUGCAGUUAUUCCUGUUUUAGCAUUAAAAACCAACGACAUGCCUCUCAGUAACACCUGCAACAUGCCUCUCAAUAAAAACGGUUAAAUCACUGAAUUCACGGGUACAUUCAGCAACCCUGACAGUUUCGUCCACCUUUUCCAGCCUUUACAAUAAACAACUGUGCUGUAACUCUGCCUAAUGUGUAGUACUUGGAGACCUUUAUUAAAGC